AUGAUAGAAACUGAUGAUGAUGAUGAACCUAUAUUUCGUAUACGAUAUAUUAAAGAUGAAACAAUAAAAAAUAAAGGUGGUUAUUGGGAACAAUAUAAUACAUAUAAGAAAUCGUGGUUUCGUCUUUGUGAUGAAUGUUUACAAAAAGUUCGUCAUCCAUCCCAAUCAUUAUGUAUACGUCAUUUUAAUCAAGAAAAUAAAUCAAAGAAAAAAACAAUAUUCAAAUCAAAAAAUCCGAAGAAAAAAUUAAAACGUUUAGAUGUUAAAGUUAAAACAAAGAAUAAUAAACGAAAACGUCCAUUACAAACGACGAUUGAUAAUAAAGCAGAACAAAUUACUAAUGAUGAAAAUGAAGAAUCAAAUGAAUCACUCGAAAUCGUCAUUUCUGUUUCAUCAUCAUUGAAUAAAAAACAAAUUUCGAAAGUGAAAGAAUUUAUUACAAAAUUUCAUAAUGAAUCUCAAUCAAUUCAUUUAACAUGUGAAUCUCAACCUGAUUAUAUCGAUGAUACUACAACUCAUCUUAUUACUAAUGAUUGUGGUUCAUUUACGACACCAUUAACAAAACAAAUUAUUCAAGCAUGUGUUCGUCAUAUAUUUGUUGGUUCAAUAAAUUGGAUUAUAUCAUCACUUGAACAAUCAUCUAUUGUUGAUCAAUUUUCAUAUGAAAUUUUACGUGAUAAAAAAUCUUUUAAAAAUUCUCGUGGUAUAAAACAAUGUCGUUUCGAUCAAUUACCUGUCUUUCCAUCAUCAUGUACUAUAUCUGUUGAAUGUCAUAAAGGUAUAAGACAAAUGAAAAUGACUCGAGAUGAAUUAAUCGAAAUAGUUGAAUUAUCUGGUGCUACUUUAUUAAAUGAAUAUAUACGAUAUAAAGCAUUAAUUAUUUUAUGUAAUUCAAAAACGGAGAUGAUUAAUAGAAAAAAACAAAAUGUUCAUGAUUUAUGCACGAUAAAUGAAAACAUUAUUUAUUAUUGUAAACCGGAUUUUUUUUUGGAUUCUAUUGUAAGACAUGAAGUACAAGCAAUAAAAAAAUAUUUAUGGUAA